AAACCUGCCCAUUCAGUGCGCGGAAUAAUGUCCCUGUCACCGAGGGCGCUCUAACCCGGUCACAACGUUGAGAAGUUGAGCACGGUUUUUUCCUGCGUUGCUAUGGUUUUCUAAAAAGCUAUUGACUGCGAUAGGGUCCCUUUUCUCUCGACGUCUUUGUGGAGGAGGAAACCCUUUUACUUUUAACUGGGGGGCGCGAUAGCAUCCAGACGCAGGCAUUCCUCAUUCCCCAUCCCACCAAUCGCACCCACGGAGCCGUAAGCAUCCAGCGGUCGAGAGACAGAAAAAAAAAAUCAACUUUGGCUUUACUCGACGUGAGUUGCGUUUACUGCCCACAGAGCGAGACCACACCUGGAGCCGACCUGCCAGAGCUCUUCUCGUCUCUUCUCUGCACUGCGAGAGAGGCUGCGAGCGAUAAGCUUCAACGAGACAUGACGCUGAAGAAGAACCCAGGAUCUGUGGCACUUCUCUGCCUGCUAAUCUCUGCCCAGGCCUUUCCUCUCACUGCUGCCAUGGAUAUCCCCCUGGAGGUUGAGCAGCCGCCCACCAUCACAUCUCAGGCCGCCAGUCCCAUCGUGGCCUUCCAGCCUGACGAGAACUUUGCAGUUACCUGCGAGGCCAAGGGGAACCCAGAGCCAGAAUUCCGAUGGACAAAGAACGGCCAGGAAUUCGACCCCCUCAUGGACCCUCGGUUGGAGAAAGAGGACCAUUCGGGGACGUUUGUGAUCCCCAAAAACGGGAACCUCUCAGAAUUCCAGGGAACCUACCGCUGUUACGCCUCCAACAACCUGGGGACCGCCAUCUCAGAGGACAUGGACUUCAUUGUGCCGAAUGUUCCAAAGUUUCCUAAAGAGAAGAUGGAUCCCAUCAUUGUUGAGGAGGGUGAGGCUUUCAUUCUGGAGUGCAAUCCACCCAAAGGGAUUCCUCCAUUGCAGAUCUACUGGAUGACGAUAAGGCUGGAGCCCAUCGAGCAGGAUGCGAGGGUGUCCAUCGGCCUGAAUGGAGACCUGUACUUCUCCCACGCCGAGGAGAAGGACAGCCGGAGGGACUACUGCUGCUUCGCCUCCUUCCCCAGGAUUCGCACGAUCGUCCAGAAGACCGCCAUGUCCGUGGUGGUCAACACCAAAAAAUCUAAAAGUGACACAAGUUCUGAUGCUGCCAACGCGAUCCUGGAGAGGAAACCCAGUCUACUGACGCCCCCUGAUGUCAGAUCAGAGAAACAGCUAGUCAAAGGAGAGGACCUAGAGUUGGAGUGCAUUGCUGAGGGAUUCCCAACCCCCAUAAUCAAGUGGGAAAAACUGGGUCACAAGCUUCCGGACAAGGCCAGAGUGGAGCAUCAUGGGAAACUGCUGGUGGUUCCCAGCGUUGAUGAAGGAGACAACGGGAAGUACAUGUGCAAGGCCAGCAAUUCCCAUGGGGUCGCUCAGCACUUCUUCACAGUCACAGUGGAAGAGCCUCCUGAAUGGGUGCAGGAACCCCGGAGCCAGCUCCACACCAUUGGCUCAGACAUCCACAUCAAGUGCUCAGCCACGGGCGUCCCCCCGCCUGUCAUCACCUGGAGGGUGAACGGGGUACCCCUGGAGGGUAGACGCUCCGCUGCAGCCAACAGGGAGCGCCUGGGCGACGUCAUCGUACUCCGCCGAGCCACAGCCGGCAACAGCGCGUCUACCCAGUGCCACGCCUCCAACCGCCAUGGCGCCCUGCUGGCCAACGCAAACAUCAUGAUCAUGAACCUGAAGCCCAGGUUCCUAACCCCCGAGGGGGAGUAUUCGGCUGUCGAGGGCAAGGCGGCCAUCUUACACUGCAAUGUCUUCGGCUCUCCUCCUCCCUCCAUCACAUGGAGCAAGGACGACUCUUGGGCUGUGGAGGGGCCGCGGUUCACCGUGCACAGAAACGGAUCGCUGGAGAUCCGCGUCGUGGAAAGAGAGGACAUGGGAGAGUACCGGUGCCUCACCAAUAACAGAGGAACAGCUGCCAUCGCCGCCACGCUUGCCGUCAGAGAUCCCACCAGGAUCAUUGUCUCUCCAGAGGACGUUCAGAUCCUGGCGGGGUCCGCGGCCCAGCUCUCGUGCUCGGCCGAGUACGACAACUCCUCCAACAACGACUUUGAGCUGCUCUGGGAGAAGGAUGAUAUGGAGAUAGCCAGCAACCAGACUGAGGAUUCACGGUACUUUGUUGAGGACGGCCUCCUGCAGAUCCGCAAUGUGAGCUACGAAGACCAGGGCAGGUACACUUGCGUAGCCCGGACGUCGAUUGAUCAGGAACGGGCGGAGGCCAUGCUGGUGGUGUUGGAUGUACCCGACGCACACGACCUGGUGCUAUCCGAGCACAAGAACCGAGGUGUGAAGCUGAAAUGGAGCCCUGGGGGACACGGCAGUUCGACCACUGAGUUUAUUAUCGAGUACGAGGAGGGACAGUGGGAGCCGGGGAAGUGGAAGGAGCUGGUGCGGGUCCCGGGGAACCACGGUUCGGCCCUGCUCAAGCUUCACGGGAACGUGGACUACCGCUUCCGCGUGGCCCCCCUCAACGCCGUGGGCAAGGGCCGUCCCAGCGAACACACAGAGAGAUACAAGACCCCCGCGGCAGCUCCUGAAAAAAACCCUGAAAAUAUCAAAAUCGAAAGUCAUUUGCCAUAUGAAAUGGAUAUCAACUGGGAGCCACUGCUUCCUAUCGAGCACAACGGGCCGGGUCUGGAGUACAAGGUGAGCUACCGGCGGCAGGACCUGGAUGAGGACUGGAAGGAGCACACGGUGAAGAGACACUCCUUCAUUGUGAGCGCCACGCCCACCUUCGUUCCCUACGAGAUCAAGAUCCACGCCAGGAACCAGCAGGGAUGGGCCCCGGAGCCCCGCAUCGUCAGCGGCUUCUCUGGGGAGGACUUCCCCAGCGCUGCGCCGGACAACGUGACGGUGGAGGUGAUGAACAGCUCCGUGGUCAAGGUCAGCUGGGGGCGCGUGCACAAAGACAAGCUGCACGGCCACCUGGGGGGUUACAGGGUGAACUGGUGGCGCCUGCGGAGCCGGACGGACGCCAAGAAGAAGGGCCAGCACGGCGAGCGCCACACGCAUGCCUUCCCCGGGGACCGCGGCCACGGCCUGCUGCCCGGCCUGACGCCCUUCUCCGAGUACAGCCUCAUGGUCAUGAGCUUCAACGGCCGGGGCAACGGCCCGGGCAGCCACGUGGUCACCUUCAGAACCCCGGAGGGAGUCCCGGAAAAAAACUCUGCGUUCAGGGUCAUGGAAGUCCAGAAGCACACCAUCUCCCUUGCCUGGUCGCCGCCCCGGGAGCCUAAUGGGAUUCUCACUGGUUACCAGCUGCAGUACCAGCUCAUCAACGACACGGAGGGGUUGGGGCCCUUGCAGACGGUGAACAUCAGUGACCCCGCGGCCACUAAGCUGACCCUGAAGGACCUGGAGGCGCUGAGCAGAUACAGGUUCUACCUGCGCUCCUGCACCACGGUGGGCUGUGGGCCCACCGUCACUGAAGACAGCACCACCACGGCGAAAGAACGUCUAGGAAAUGCCCACCAAGGAAUUUCCACCCAGGGCUGGUUUAUCGGCCUGAUGUCCACUAUCGCCCUGCUCACACUCAUCCUGCUCAUUGCCUGCUUUGUCAACAGAAAUAAAGGAGGGAAGUAUUCCGUGAAGGAGAAAGAAGACCUUCAUCCAGACGUGGAGUCCCAGGGCAUGAAUGAUGACACAUUUUGUGAAUACAGUGACAACGACGAGAAGCCACUGAAGGGCAGCCAGCGCUCGCUGAGCGGCCAGAUGGCGGGCGGGGAGAGCGGCGACAGCCUGGUGGACUAUGGCGACCAGGAGGUCCAGUUCAACGAGGACGGCUCCUUCAUCGGCGAGUACGCCGGACACAAGGACAAGAGGGUAUCCACGGAGAUCAAAGGGCCCGCCCAGGCCCCGGCGUGAGGAAGCCAUGACACAAUUGGAGGAGGGAUGAAAGGGAGGGAGGGGAGGGAGGGGAGGGAGGGAGGGAGGGAGGGAGGGAGGAGAUACAACACCAGACUUCAAGGCACCAACACCCUCCUCCUCCUCCUCCUCCUCCUCCUCCUCCUCGAACCUCUUCGACAGGAUGAGGAAAUCGUGAGGGGGGUGGAAGGAAGACAUUAUCUGUGCACAAAACGGUCUGAAAUGUGAUCUGGAAUGUGUAACUGCCGACUGCACUGCCGUCCUGGCUUUAUGAGGCCACGUCAUGAGCGCCCAAUCACACAUCCACCACUGCCGCCUGAUCCAUUUAUAAGAGAAUGGCCCUUACUAAAUACUGUAUAUAUAUAUUCUGUAUACUUUACAUUGUAGUGUAUGCGUGGAGUGCUUUGUUUUCGGUUAUUAUUAUGACCAUACAGUUAUUGUUUUUUGGUUUUCUUUCUGUUUUUUUUUUUUUUUUUGUAAAUGUAAUUCUAUGGUCAAGUUUGUACGUAUGUUAGGAGAAUGACAAUGAAAAUGAAGAAAAAAAUAAGGUAAACGCUUUUGUCUCUCUGUCGCGUGUACCGUAGCACACAAACAAUACAGGGUUGGGAUAUCAAGCCAAUAAUAGUUUUAAAUUACAGCAGAUCCUAUUUGCAUUUUAUAUAUUGAAAUCCGUCCAUUAAAUAUGAUGUAAUAUGUGUACAGAGGUUAAUUAUUAACUUAUUUUCUUUCUUUCUGCUUUAUUGUUUUACUUGACGUAACACCAAGGGCAUUGGAACAAAUCUACGAGUCAUCAAUUGGAAGGGAAUAUCAUUUGUGGUGUUGUCUUCUUGUCUCCUUGAGUAUGUUAUCAGAAAUGAUAAGGCGUAUAUCAUGAAUCCUCAUCAGUACAAUUGUAACAUUUUUCAUUUUUUAUCUAGUUUUGUUUUAUUAUUGUGAGUGAAAUUCUAAUGAGCGGAUUUGGAGCGGAUCUUUUUAAAAUCUAUUCUAUGGGAUUGUAACUGUUUUAAAAACGAUGGAGGACCACAACUGUUCAUUACCACGUAAGUGUCUCUCAACAAAAGUUACUAAAUAGUACAAAUCCUUCACCGCCUUACGGCGCUGCGUAUCACACAGCACUUACAAAUAUUUGUAUGAUUAUAAUUAUUCAAUAUUAUCAAAUGUGCACAUACACUUGUUUCUGUUUUUGUGCACCCCAAAAUCCUAGGUUACAGUAUUACAACAAUAUAUAUAUAUAUAUAUAUAUAAAUAAAUAUAUAUAUAUAUAUAUAUUUGAACGUAACCUAGAAUCUCAUUACAGUCUUUUUAUUUUUGUGUAGUUACUGUAAUAGAUAAUGGACUCUUUGGUAGUCAUAUUACUGUUCCUUUCUUCUUCUGGUGGCUUGUAAAAUGAUCUUUCACAACCUUGCUUGUUACAGUAAAGCUUCAUCAAUAUUACACUAUUUCAAAAAAAGCCUUACUUGUUCUUAAUAUCACGAACGGCUGUUGGGUUCAGCAGGAACAGAGCUAACAGAAGCUCCCGCUGAACUUCGACCUCUGUCAAAAAAUACAGCUUGUUUUGCAUGUUAAUGUUGAUUUGGUGUUUUUUUUAUGUCAUUAAAAUUGCUUUACUUUUGUAA